GAGCUCAGGAAGUUGAGGCAGACACUAAGAAGAGGGCUGACACAGACAAACACAUUUUCCCUUUGCCUCGUAGUUUUUCCCUUUUUCAGUCCUGCUCCGAUCCAAGAGCAGGAAGAGAAAAGGAGGCGGGUUUUCUGAUGGAUCAGAGCGAGACGCAGAAGUCGAUCCCUCGGACGGUGGAAGUAUGAUGGAGGCCAACAUUGUUGCCCACAAUUCAGGUCACUCCUCACCAGUCUCCUCUUCUCUUCCUUCACCAUCGCUGCCCUCCCACCCUCCAGCCAGGCCAUGUCGACCCAGACCCCCACCUCCCGGGAAAAAGUCCUCCUCUCGACCUCCCCUGCCUCCAACUGCCCCCACGUCUCUACCUCCUGCUCCCCCAUGUCUUCCUCCUCCUCUUUCUCCUAUCAUCCUCUCUCUUCCUCAUCCUGAAUCUUCUGUCCCCUUUGAUCCUACUACUCCUCCCACAUCCCCACUUUCCUCCUCACCUUCUCUCCAGUCUCACCCUGUCAUGCCUCCAUCCUCAACACCUCCAAUGCUGACCUCUGUAGAUAAACUGGCUGGGAGCGUUUCUGUGUGGCGACCUAAAGGACUCAGCCGAGACAAGAGUGUCUGCAUUCUGCAGAAGGAGGCAGCAGGAGCGUUCCUGGUUCAAAACACAGAAGAUAACGUCGUGAUGAUUUCAGUCCGACUGCCCGAUGAACAGGGAGCGCCACGUGUCGACAAUCUGACCAUCAAACAACACAAAACAUUUGUUCACUUGGAGGGAUCUUCUCUGGUUUUUGAUGACAUUUUUAAAUUGAUCUCCUUCUACUGUGUCAGCAGAGACAUCCUCGCCAUCUCUUUGAGGUUACCCCAGGCCAUCACCACGGCAACGAAGAUGGAGGAGCUGGAGGCCAUCUCUGCUUUGGGUGCAGAUUUCUGGAUGUCUGAUCUGAGCCAGAAGAACCAGGACCUCCUGGUUCCACCCAGCACAUACGUUUACGUAAACCCCGUCACUGUGGAGGAGCAGCCCAACAAAGAGCCGAACCCUUCCUCCUCCAGCUGUGACCCCGGCCACAGCGAAAGCAUCACCUUCACCCUGCAGAAUGGAGAAACCUCAAAAAAACCAAACCCGCAGGUCAAAGGCCCAACUCCAACCAGCCAGGACAUUUCAUACAAGCGCCCCCCUCCACCUAGACCCCCCAGCCUGGGUUCAGGUACCGGCAUGGGCCUCCUCUUCUCCUCUCCUCAAGCCCCAACACCUCCUGAAUCUGAGCACAAAGAGGAGGGAAGUGAAAAAGAAGACAGGAAGGCAACAUCACCUCCUCCAUCGAGGCCUCCUGUCCCUCUCCUGACCCGAGCUGCUCCACCUCUGCCUCCUGCUCCUGUACACCGCACCACCUCCUCGUCCAGGAUAAGCUCAGUCAAAGAGAGGACAGGGGGAGACAGUGGAGAGAAUCUUGCAAAGGGGAAGGAAAAGGAGGAAGAGAAAGAUACAGAGAAACCAGGAGCAGGUCUGCAGGAUGAGGAGGUUGAGCAGGAGGCCAGCAGGAGAGACGAGGAGGGCCUGAAGACGGUGAAGGAAGACAAAAUAAAGUCCCAGUGCCCACCACCGACAAAGAAACCAUCUCGUCCUGUUCCUCCCCCCAGAACUAAACCACCCUUCACAAAUCCACCUGUGUGCUCCAGCCAGGUAGGAGGAGGAUCAGCCAAUCAGAGCGCAGGGAUGAAACCUCCUCCUCCUCCAUCCCCAGCACCACGCCCUGAUGUGUCGCUGUACUCACCGCAGGGGGGAGCCGCUCUGGGGGCUGACCUGGACUCCUGCUCCACCAGCAGCACCGAGGAGGAGGGAGAGACCAAUCAGGAGCAAGAUACAAACCACAGGGGCCCUGCAGAGAGCCACAGCUAUAAAUCAGUUGUCAGGAGGACCCCCACCGUCAUGUUGGACCGAGCCCGGUAUCGCCUAUCCACCGUUCUGACCGGACUCAUCUACCAUGAUGGACGGCUCACCAAAAGAAUUGUAGAGCUGGCUCGGGACCCUAUGAGCUACUUUGGUAACCUGGUGAAAGACCACCGAGCGUUCACCUUGGAGACCAUGUCGAAACACUCGACCUCCACGGAGCUGCUGCAGGAGAUCCGACAGAUGAUGACUCAGCUGAAGCGGUACCUGCUGCAGAGUACAGAGAUGCAAGUCAUCCUGGAGCCACAACAUCAGUACGCACAGGACAAACUGGAGAGCAUUGUUGAAGCAGCUCUGUGUAAAAGUGUGCUGAAGCCUCUGAAGGAGCCGAUCUAUAAGAGUCUGGAAAAACUGCACGUCAGCGCUGGCAGCAUGGAGCAGCUGGCACAAAACCAGUCCAUCGUCCUCGGCAGCACCACUACAGCCUUAGGAAUAACCACCGCCGUCCCUGAGACCCCCGCCAUGGAGAAGAUCAUCAUCAAACUGAACAAACUUCAUCAGGAGUACUCCCCACAGAAAAAGAUUGAGCAUCUGUUGAAGACCUGCAAGAUCAUCUAUGACUCCAUGUCCAUCAGCAGUCCGGGGCGGGCCCAUGGCGCUGAUGACUUCCUUCCUGUAAUGAUGUACGUCCUGGCUAGAUCCAAUCUGUCUGCCCUGCAUCUGGAUGUGGAGUACAUGAUGGAGCUGAUGGACCCAUCGUUAACUCUUGGAGAAGGUUCAUAUUAUCUGACCACCACCUACGGGGCGCUGGAGCACAUCAAGACGUUCGACCAGCAGAGGUCCGCGACCCGGCAGCUGAGCAGGGAGGUUCAAGACUCCAUCCACCGCUGGGAGAGACGACGCACGCUCAACCAGGAGCGCGUGGCCCAGGAAUCUGUUCGGGACUUCCUGACAGUGUUUUGUCCUGAGAUCGGUGCCAACCCCAAAACUCUGGACGUGUUUCCCACAAUGACCAUCCAGCAGCUCUCUGAACAGUGUGCUGCACGAUUUGAACAAGACUCCUACACGCUCAGUGUUUACAUUGACGACGUUUACCAGCCCGUCACACCCACCGAUUUAGCCCUCGGUGUGAAGAACAGCUGCCAACCAGGAGCCUACUGCUUCGUCUUCCAUCCAGUCGGCCAAACAAACGUCCUGCCGGUCCGCACCUGCCCCGCUGUCCCACCUCCGGCACCACCUGCGCCUCCACCUCCAGAAACCCUCCUCCCAGCCGACGCCGCUGUGUCUACAGAGCCGAGGGAGCCCGAGGAAUCCGAGGAGGAGAGCCUGAUCAACCUGUAACAGCAGCAUCGCCAUGGCAACUGCAUCACCGUCACCGUACUGGGAAUGUUUUUAAACCUUUCAUCACACUUGGAAAAAUGCAUUCAUUUGAAAUUUAAAAAACAGUGGAGCUGAAUGUUUGACAAAAAGAGAGGGGUCAGGAACCCCAACAAUAGUUUCAUACAAUGUAAAAAUACAUGUUAACGUGCACAUAUAUGAUCAUGUUUAUACUCUACUUUGAUACAAUAACUUGUACCGUUUAAUUUUGUUUCAUAGAUAAAUUACUGUUUAAAUCAGCGGC